GUUCUCAUACCGAUUUUUUUAUUUUCAUACUAAUGGGAAAUGAACAAGAAAAAAUAUCGAACAAAAAUCAGGACACCGGUAUGACCGUUAAAAUUAAAACGAAAGUAUUCUUGGCGACAAUCGUCGAAUUAAGACAAAACUCAUAACUCUACCAACUAUGACUAACGACCUAGCGUCCCAGUACCCCGACAUAAAACACCAUUGAGACGUGUAAUUUCUGCAAUCAGUCACGCUUGCAGAGCAGAAGAGAUGUACCUACUAACUGUGACGGAAGAGACAAGGCAAAUAUCUAAGAUGAUUCGGUAAAAGACUAGAACAGUGUCAGCUUCGAAUCUUGAUGGCGCUCAGUUCAAACCCGUUCAGUGCCUUCUUGGGCAAGUUUACAGCGAAUCAAGAAGUGCUUACUACUGUAGCUACAGCUUCCUUUCUAGAUAGGACACAUUACAGCUCUUCGGGUCAUUCUGGGAGUGGAUAUCAUCACUACCACUACAGUUCAGGGAAAAAGAAGAAGAAGAGCAUAGCAAUGACUGCUCUCACCCUUCUAUCGUUCCUAUUCUUUUUGAACAUCCUCCAAAACUGCAUACAAGAACACAUGAACCAAAUGAACCCCACCGUCAUGGUGAUGCAAAUGCAGACCACAAUGGCGUCGAUUAGAAAAUCGGACAGAAUAGGAGACGAUGUAGGGGAGUUGUUUCACAAUAAUACCUUGCCAGAAGAAAUAGAAUCCGAAAGAAGUAAAAAUGUUGUGAAAAUUAUAGAUGAACUGGAAACAUCAACCAAACCGACAAGAAGAAAGAGUAACAAUGAAAGUAAAAAGCGAAAAAAAGGCGAAAAACAGAAUAUAGAGAUAAAACCAACAAGGCCUACCAUGUUCAUAACAGAAGAAGAAUACCAGUACACUCAAAUUCCUAUCAAAUUAAAAACAGUGGAAAGUUACAAUAAUAAAAGGAAACCUUAGGA